UAAUUUAACUCCUUGUUUUCCUCUUCACAUCCAACGUUCCAAAACUCGCGCGAGAGCUAGAGAUCCAUCGGAACACUCGCCCGAGAGAGAAAAGAGAGAUGUCAUCGACGGUGAACGACCCGCGCCAGCCCUCGGCGGCGAAGCGCUACGUGCCGUCCGCGGUGGCGCCGCAAGAUCUUCCAGUGGAUUAUUCCGGUCUGAUCGCCGUCGUCUUCGGCCUCGCCGGCGUCAUGUUCCGCUACAAGUUGUGCUCUUGGGUUGCGAUCAUAUUCUGCGCUCAAUCGCUGGUGAACAUGAAGAACAUCGAGAACGACCUCAAACAGAUCUCCAUGGCCAUGAUGUUUGCUAUUAUGGGAUUGGUAACCAACUACUUCGGACCUGCUCGACCGGGGACACAAAAGAGUUGAAAUUGCUCGUCAGAGACUUGAGAUGUAAUACUGUGCGUUUUCGCUUUAUCUGAUUAUCGUUAUGUUUUUUCUAGAUGGAAACCAUUGUUUAAGUUUGGUGUCAUCAAUUUGAAGGGAUACUAAACUGCUUCUUACAUCAAUUCGAUUGAAAGUCUUAGUUA